AUGGUUUCAGGCGCAAAUGAUUCGAAAACGCCGCCAAUAGUCUCGUUGACCGCCGGCGGUGUGGCAGGGGGCAUCGAGGCUUUUACAUCGUAUCCAUUAGAGUUCGCUAAAACUCGUGUCCAGCUCCGUAGCCAAAAGGGCAUCCCAACUCCAAAGAACCCCUUCCUCGUCGUCACUCGAGUCUAUCAGAAAGAAGGAAUCCGGUCACUGUACAAAGGAUGCGCUGCUCUCGUUGUCGGCUCGAUAGGUAAAGAUGGCGUUCGUUUUCUCUUCUUUGACCAAAUCAAGCAUGCCUUCGCCGAUCCGCAAACUGGCACACUCUCACCGCUCCGCAACCUCGCCGCUGGAAUGACCGCUGGUGUGGUGGCUUCAAUCACUUGCGUUACUCCGACUGAACGUAUCAAGACCGCUCUCAUCGAUGACGCAAGAAACGAGAAGCGAUUCCGAUCUGGCCUUCAUGCCACCAGUGUAAUCUGGAAAGAGCAUGGGAUCUUGGGUCUCUACCGAGGUUUCGUGGGUACGACACUAAAGCAAGCCUCUGCGACAGCAUUCCGGUUGGGGACCUACAACAUCUUGAAAGACUUUGAAACGACUCGUAAUAUACCUCAAAAUACAGCCACAAAUUUUGCCAACGGGUCUGUCGCCGGUAUAGUCACGACCCUCUGUACCCAGCCAUUUGAUGUCAUCAAGACCAGAUCACAGAGCGCCCAUGGAAUGAGCACAGCUGAAGCAGUCAAGAGCGUACUAGUUGAUUAUGGGAUAAAGGGAUUCUGGAAAGGCACGACGAUGAGGUUGGGUCGGACGGUCUUCAGCGGCGGCAUCCUCUUCACGUCCUAUGAAGCAGCUGUUAAGAUCAUUAGCCCCUUGUACUCUGGCCUUACGCAUAUGGUAGUCGCAGAGACAUUAGACUAG